CAUGCCACAGCUCAGGAACAAACUGUAACCAUACGUCAAUGUUGAUAGUUGUACAACAUACAAACAGAAGAUGUUAUAACAAGAAUUAGACAUCCAUCAUGCCAAGACGAAGGCUAAGGGCCCGCAGGUCAAGAGUGCGAUAUGAUUCGCCAGAUGAUUGUUGUACCGGCUGCUGUGCAAUAUGCUGCUGCUGCUGUUGCUGGAGUCGAUCAUUGGUUUCGAGAAAAUCUCGAAUCAAGAUGUUAUGGAUGUACCUUCUGAUUUGCGGAUUGCUCAUUGGUAUAACUGUAGGAGUCGUCUUCUAUGGCAGUCUAUUCUCAGAUUUUACAACCUCAGACAUGAAAGUUGUAAACCGAAGGCUAUCACACUUGUUCUGUGAUAGUGUUAAUAUUGACACUGCUAAUCCUACCAGUAAUUUUGCCUCUUUUUCUGCGUAUCUCGUUGAAAGUCCACUUAAAAUAGAACCAAACCUCAAAGAAAGUUAUGGAUUUGAACUGUCAUUUAAUUUUGAAGAGCGGUGGUCAUAUGCUACCCGUCAGUUUUAUCUACUGUCUGGAUCAUCGGCAAAACUGUUUUGUCCUCACGUUACUGGUGUAAUGGAUGUUGUCAUUAUUAAAGGUAAAUCAAAUUACACAGAAUUUAUAAGAGACUCCCCAAACUUUAACUGUAUUGGAUGUGAGUUUGCUCAUGUUACAUUUGGCAUCAGACAUUCUGGAACAUAUUCAUGGACAUUUUCCAACACAGAUGAGUACUUCUUUGUAUUCAUAAGUCAUGAAGAGAUGUGGGCUGAAUGUGAUCUGGAUUUAGCACGGACAGUGUAUCAAACUGAUGUCAGUACCUCCUCAUGCUUCAAAGUCACGACCUGUCAGUUUAGUCUUGAUUUAAAAGAAAGUCAUCCUCCCAAACAGGUUGUAGUGAAACUGGAGCCAGACAAAUCUGCUUCAGGUAACAGGUACAUGUACUCAACCACCUCUGUUCAGUCAACCUGUGUGGCUCGUCUAUGGGUCUACAUCCUCUUGUUCUUUUGCUGUCCAGCAAUUAUAAGUAUAAUAUUCAGCGUACUUAUCUAUAAAUGUUGUUCAGACAUGGAAGAAGAAGAUGAUGAUGACGAUGAGACUUCAGAUGAACAGUCUCCAUUGCUGUGGGACAGUGUGCCGAGUUAUUCUGGAGUUGUGACAGAACCUCCAAAGUAUGAAGAUAUAAUUGGUGACAAUGAUGACCGUUUACCUAGCUAUGAGGAAGCCAUUGCUUCUGGGACUGUCUCUGGAAAUCCUACAGUUACAGGAAAUGUGGGGAUAAACCAUGAAGAACCAUUUCAGAAUGUCACAGUGAACCAGACAAGUAAUCUUGGACAUGUCAAUGUCAUUGACCUUGACACUGCAGCCAGUGUACCUGACUACAAUGUGAAUACAACGGGUAACAUCCAGACAGCUGACCCUCUCAACAGUGUCUCUGCAGUGUCCAGUAGUGUAAACCUUGACGAGACUAGCCGUGUACUUGUGAUGAAUCUGUCUGGUGAGACCUCCACAAAUGACCUUGAAUCACCUCGAGUUGAUGACCUUGAAUCGUCCAGCAUUGACAAUGACUCAGGUUCUUCUGAUUCAACAGAUAUUGUCGUCCAUGGUGACAGUCCAGAACAAAUCAGAAAUAUUUCUACAGAUCCAGGAAUAGAUACUGCUACCGUGAGAAGCUGAACGAGAAAUUAUAACUUUUAGAUAUGUGAUUUUUCAAAGAAACAGAGGUAUUAAUUUCUAACAUUUUCUGUGUCUUCCUCUUUGAAAAAAAAAACAAAAGAAGUCUUUUCAGGAAGGCACAAUGUAAAUCACAGUUAGCAGAGAUGUCAUGAUAUUUAUAUAUACAGUAGGGCUGUUUUAAUAUCAUUCCCCUUGUUAUCCAAUGGCCUUGACAUUAGCAUAAGGGAUGUUAAACAGAGUAAGCUCCAUUGAGACGUACCUCUGUAUAGAAACUUUAGGAGAAGCCAUAGCUAAUUGUAAAUAUCAUGAAGGAUAAUUGAUUAUAAUGCUCAUAGUAUUUUGAGUACUAUUUAAUAGCAUUGAAUUUCAUUUUUGAGAGAGGGAGGGGGGAUGUGAUAAUUUUGUAUAAAGAUGUAUUCACUGUUGAUUAAGCCAGAUCAAAUGUGUCAUCUCCAUUAUUGCAAACUUUGCGGAUCCAUAUUAUUUUGAUAUUAUUUCUCUUUUUGGAGUAAAUCUUCCAUGUGUGUGUUAAAUAUGGUAAUAUGGUUACUAUAUUGAUAUCUAUUUAAUUUGUAUAAUCUACACUGUGAACUGUAUUAAGUUCUUUUUUUCGGAAACAAAUUUUUAUUUCCAGUUUUCACAACUAAUCAUUAAAAUCUUAAAUCUGUGCUUUGUAUUUAUGAUUCUUCCAAAGAUAUGGCUGUUAAAGCAUGUUGGACGUUUGUAUUUAAAUAACAAUAUUAUUCCACUCUUUAAGGUAAGAUAGUAUGUUUAUAUAUAGGGUUAGACAAGACAAAUAUCAUAUUUAAGUGCAAUUAUUCUUGUGAGAUUUAGUAACACACUCAGAAUACAGACUUAAGCUUUACUAUUCAGGAUGUUAUAUAAUGUAGAGUGAUUUAUCAUAAUCAUGUAUAUUGUAUGUGAUGUUCAGAUACCAUAUACAUGGAUUGUAUUUGUCCUGUUAUAGAUGUGAUUUACAUCUUCUACUUUGUGCCUGUGAGAUUGUGUGAGUGAUGUACUGGUUGUAAGUACAGCUGUACACCUGUGUGAGACAUGCACUGUAUCAACACAUGUAACUAUAUAACUCUGUGUGUAAUAUUCUAAUCAGGUUUGUUAUUAUGUAACAAAUGAUUAAUAUAAAAUGCAGCUUGAUGUAUGACUAGACUUGGAAAAACUUUUCCUAUUGUGUCUCUAUAUCAAGCAUUUAGAAAUAAGUAUUUAAUAACACGGGUGUCUGGCUUCUGUUCUGGUACACCUGUGUAUUAAUGGACGUGCUAUGUAUAUAGUUAUUUAAGUAUAACUUUGUUAAUACACAUGUGUAUUUGGUAUGACUUAGAUUGAUAACUGAGUAGUUAUGUAUGUGUAUGCGAUAUAACUUUGCUUUUAUUGUACAUGUGUGUAUGUGGUAUGAGUUAGUUGUGUCUGUGUGCAGUUAUAUAUGUGUACAUGGUAUGUCUUUGUUGUAAUUUUACACAUGUGUAUAUGUUUGUAGUUAUGUUCUGUACACAUGUGUGUUUGUGUAAUGUAUACGUAUGCGUUAACUUCGCUGUAGUGUGCAUGGUGAAUUUAUGUAUGUGUACAUUGUACACAUACAUGGUAGACCAUAAUUAUACACAAGUAUAUAUAUAAGUAAGGGUAGUUAUGUGUAAACAUGAUAUUCCUUAUGUAAGGUAUACAUAAUUUAUAUGAAUAUUAAUUACUGAU